AUUUUGUCAUCCGCGUAGGUGGAAUUACAUAUAUAUACUAUUAGAACAACAGAUUAAUGCAAUCACAUUAUUACAUAUAUACACAUCUAUUUAACUUAUAACAACAUCAUUCAAUAUAUGAAAGCAUAGAGUGACUACUAUUAGUUAAGAAAUGAAGUAAACUUUUUUCCGAUUUCAACUAUCAAUCACUAUGUUAUAAUGUAUAUUUAACCAUUCAACAGUAGAAUUAUUAAUCUAAACAUUGUACCAAUUUGAUAUAGAUCGACAAUUGAAGUUAUAAAUCAUACAAGUUGCCAAAAAAAAUUCCUUUCAAACGAUACAGAGAAAUAAAUGCAUAAAUGAUUAUUUGAAAUGAGAAUGGUUUUUAUUGUCGUUAUUAAUUAACAAUUCAGUUGUCAUUCUUAUUAAAAUAAUCGAACUGAGUGAGUACUUGAUAAACAUUUCAUAUUGUACUCUGGGUAGAAGAUUAACAACUAAGCUGAUCAUUAAGUAUUUUAUUUAAUUAUCUAGUACAUUCAUAACUACUUACAAACUGAAUAUAGUUUAAAAUGGAUAAAUCAAAAAAUAAUUUGUCCAAUUAUUCUUUUUUACCAUUAUGAAUGAGCAGAGUUUUACACGCUACCAUCUUUCAACUAACUCAGAUGAAUAUCAAGAGAAUAAUAAUGAUAUUGAUAAUGGUUGUCCAUUUGAUAAUGACUCAUUUUUAGAAUAUCAGUCAAAUAACAGUUCAUCAUCAUCAUCAUCAUCAUCUUAUGUCAAUUAUGAACUACAAAGUAAGAACUGCGAUUCUGAUGAAAUUCUUGAUUUGAGAAUGCAUAAAAACAAAAUCUUUGACACUUGGCCAUCAACAACAAUAUCGUCAUCUUCUUCCUUUCACUCGUUAUUUUCCACAAAUAUGAACCAUGAUAAUGAUCAGUGUAAAAUAUCAAAUUCAGUACCAUUGAAUAAUGUAACUGAAAUGAAUGAACAACGACAUAUUGAUGCCUUAUUUAAUCAUCAUUUCACUUCACCAUUAUCUUCAUUACCAAGCACUACUACUACUACUACCACUAAUACUACUAAGUUGAAUACAUUUUCAACUUCUUUAACAUCGUCAGUAUCAUUUGAAAAAUUAACACAAGCAAUAACCACUUCUGAUAUGAGUUCUAUGAAUAAUUUAAUAGAUUUUACCACUACACUAUCAAAAACUAUUCAUACAUUAUCCAAAUAUAAUUAUUCUAAAUUAAAUGAAAAACAAUUGUCUAAUGUUAAACAUUUAAUUAAUCAUGAAUUCCAGUUAGAUAAAACAAAUUUCCUAUCAAACUUCCCAUAUUAUCUUUAUCGAAUUCUUUCUAUAUCGAAUAUAAUUCCUACUAUUCAACAACAACACCACCACCACCACCACCAACAACAACAACAUCAAGAACGACAAUACCGUAAUCCUUCUUCAUCAUCUUCAACAUAUCCUCUACAAAAUAAUACAAAUAUUUCAUAUUCAUUAUUGAAACCAUGUAUAAGAUCUCCUAAUAUAAAUUCAAUAAAUCAACAAUGUACAACAUCAUUUCAAUUAUCAAUUAAUUUUAUAAAUUGGUAUCAUCAAUUUAUACAGAAUUUAUAUCAGUUAUUAUUAAAACAACAAUUGAAACCAUCCCCACCACCACCACCAUCAUCAUCAUCAUCACCACCACAACAACAACGACAAAUUGGUCACCAACAAAAUUAUCAAACAAAUGAAUUCGAUAAAAAAUAUUCUUUGAAUUUAAAUUCAUUUAAUUUACAUUUAGAUAAAGAGAAAUAUAAUCAAAAGAUUAAUUAUUUAAUGGAUAAUAUGAAAAUUGAUAAGCAUGAUACUUCAAUAUAUAUGAUGAGAAAUGAAGAGAAGAAAAUUUCUAAUAUUCAAUCAAAUCAAGAUGAAUUACCUAUUAAUUCAUGUUCAGAAAAAUGGAUAAUUUUUCAAAAUCAAUCAUCAAAUAUUUUAUCGGAAAAAUCUGAUUUUUCUAAAUUAUUAAAUAAUAAUAAUAAUAAUAAAAUCAAUACAAAAUUCAUUCAAAAUAAAACGAAAUUAUCUUAUUCUAUUAAUCCCCCCUACUCUUCCUCUUCCUCCUCCUCCUCCUCAUCAUCAUCAUCAUUAUUGAAUCCAUUUUAUUAUUAUAAAAAUAUUUAUCAUUAUUAUCGUAAUCAACAAUUUAUUAAUAAUCGUAUUAAAUAUAAAUUACAAUUACAUAAUAAUAAUAAUAAUAAAACUACCAAUUUAUUAUAUCGUUUAUAUCAAUGUCCACAUUGUAAUAAAGAAUUUCCACGUUCAGCUAAUUUAAAUAGACAUUUACGUACACAUACUGGUGAAAAACCAUAUCGUUGUGAAUAUUGUCAAAGAGGUUUUAGUAUAUCAUCUAAUAUGCAACGUCAUAUUAGAAAUAUACAUCAACGUGAACGUCCAUUUAUAUGUACUAUAUGUAAAAGAGCAUUUGCUCAAAGAACUAAUUUAGAUAGACAUAAACGUAAUCAUUGGUUACAUAAUUCAUAA